AAGUACCUGACUCUUCCUUCCCAGUAAUCAUAUACAAGUUACACAACGUUCCAUGUACGCCACAUCCGCAGCAGCACGCAGAUACGGAGGACCUGCUGACUAACCCAGCCUUCUGGAUUAAGUUCAAAUAAGUUACGGUAACUGCACUGCUGAGGCAAAGGGAUUUCUCCUACCAAAUCAGAUUUCUGCCUCUCAAAGGAACAUAAUUUAAUUUCAUAAUUAUCUUAAACCUUCACACAUGGAUAUGUAAAUCCAACCAUAAGGGAUGUCCUCAGGGAGAAGGGCUUUCUUUACCGCAUCCAGGAAGUCUGUUACUGUAGGGUUUGUCAUUAACACAUGAUGUCUUGUUUAAAGUUUCGAUCGUGUCUGGGGUGGUUUAUUGAAUUUGUUAAUGAUCCUGGGUGAAGGCAGAUAGACUUGGUCACUCAGUUCAGUUUUCACAUAACACUCGCUCAGUUCAGUUUUCUGUUUUAACAGAACUCACAUUUUUUGCUUGUGGGUGGAUUUGAGUUCACGUUUAGACGUCAUGAGCAGCAAUGUUUUUGCAUCGAUUUGGUAUUUUGGCUCAUUAUUGGUGGAACACUGGUGUUGGAGUUUGGUUUGGUGUGAUUCAGGUUUGACUUUACGGAAAGUUGGUAUCAGUUGUGUUAUGACAGUCAGAAAUUCCUUUUCAGUCAAGGGAAAAGAAGUUGUUCAGCUCAUGACUAGUCCACUAGUCUUGUGAUCAGAAAGUUACAGUAGGGGUUUUAUUGUUAUGUCAUCAUUGCUCAGUUGUUCUCCUAAGUUCAGUGCUUACCUCACAUGUAUAGUCACCAGUGUGUACAUAAGACCCUGGUUGUGCUGAAUAAAGCCCUUCUCCCUGAGGGCAUCCCUAUUUUUCUCUCCAUAAUGGAAAUCUUACAAAAUAGUGCUUUCCUUAGAGGUCUGUGUCGUACGAGUGCACCAGCAGACCUACAAUAUGAUAAUACAAGUGAACUGUUUCGCAUAUCGACCUUUGCAAAGUUCCCCUCCUCAGCACCAGUGACCGAGAGAAGCCUUGCCCGUGCCGGGUUUUUCUACACUGGCCUAGGUGACAGAGUCCAGUGUUUCCGCUGCAACAUCACCAUUGACAACUGGCAGUCUGGAGAAUGUCCAGCCGAGAGGCACAAGCAAAUGUCCCCCAACUGCACUUUCAUUCAGAGCUUGCCUUCCACUGCCAAUCUCCUGUCCUCCUCCCAUUCAGCCUUUUCACCUCUCCGCAAUGCUACUAUCCUGCAACUAAACCUUCCUGCAGUCACUUCAGCUUCAGGCCCAACAGAUGAGCAAGCUGGGUAUCUAAACAUGAGCAACCUUGCCCCCUCCAGCCCUCUGUCAUCUCGUGGUGUGGAAGACAUGUCCCAUCAGAGGCCAUCCGCUUGCCACAAUCCCAGUAUGCGACGUGAGCAGGACCGCUUAGACAGCUUUCAAAACUGGACGCUUGCUACAAUCACCCCUGCCGAGCUUGCCAAGGCUGGUUUCUAUUAUCUCAGCCAAGGAGACAGAGUGGCUUGCUUCAGCUGUGGUGGGCAUCUGAGCAACUGGGAGCCUGGAGAUAGGGCUUUAUCUGAGCACCAGAGGCAUUACCCUAACUGCCGCUUUGUGAGAGGCGACCGAGCUGAUAACAUCCCAAUAUCUGGUGGUUUGGCCAAUGUGUCCAACCCAGCAAUGCAGCAGUGUGAAGAAAGGCUGCUUACAUUUGUUAACUGGCCUGCAAGAAUACCUGUCCGCCCAGACCAGCUAGCUAAGGCUGGUUUUUACUACGUUGGCCGCAAUGAUGAUGUAAAGUGCUUCUGUUGUGACGGAGGACUCAGAUGUUGGGAAUCAGGAGACGAUCCCUGGGUUGAACAUGCCAAAUGGUUUCCAAGAUGCGAGUAUCUUUUGCAAGAAAAGGGGCAAGAGUUUGUUCAUCAGAUCCAAGCCAGAUUUCCAAGAUUGUUUGAACAGCUGCUGAACAAUGGAGACUCAAGAGAAUUUGUUGAUCCACCUGUUGUACAUUUGGGUCCAGGAGAAGAGCGCUCAGAAGAUGCUAUAAUGAUGAACACACCUGUGGUGAAAGCAGCCUUAGAAAUGGGCUUUGACCGCAGUUUAGUGAAGCAGACUGUCCAAAGCAAAAUUCUCACUAGUGGAGAGAACUAUAAAACCGUCCAGGAACUGGUGUCUGACCUGCUGAGUGCUGAGGAUGAAAAAAGAGAGGAGGAACGAGAAAUGUUUGCAGAGGCAAUGGCGUCAGAUGGAUUUACAUUUUUGAAGAAGCACCAUGCUGCCCUGACACAGCGUUUGAAAAGCGUCCAGAGCCUAAUGGAUCAUCUGUUGGAGGAGAACGUCAUUUCACAGAAGGAGUAUGACACGAUACGCAACUGCACAUCAGUCAAGCAGCAGACGGGUCAGCUCAUCGACUUGGUCUUGUCAAAGGGGAAUGCGGCAGCAGAGGUGUUCCGCAACUGGAUCAAAAAGAAUGAUGUGUACCUCUUAAGAGAGCUAAUGGCCCAGACAAAUGAAGCUGUAUCACCGAGUCAAGAUCUUUCAGACUUGCCAAUGGAGGAACAGCUGCGAAGACUUCAAGAAGAACGGACAUGUAAAGUAUGCAUGGAUAAAGAGGUCAACAUUGUCUUUAUACCAUGUGGGCACCUGGUGGUGUGUAAAGAGUGUGCACCUUCAUUACGCAAGUGCCCCAUAUGUAGAGGCUUGGUAAAAGGCACUGUACGCACAUUCCUAUCUUAACUGUGCAAAGUUCUUAUCUCUGCAAAGUGCUUUAGAUACAUUCUGUUUGAAGUAUAAUUGCAUAAUAUUGUAGUUCUCAAAGACUCGCAUCAGAAAGGCAAGUGUUGGUGACGUCUUUAUUAAACAGUCAUUUGAAA